AUGGAAGCUAGUAAGUCAAUUGCCCCGAUAGUCACACUCUCUGACGAUGACCUAAAAGACAGUGUUUUUGAGCCCUAUCCCCCAGCCGCAAGUCUGCUCCAGCUCUUCGACGAACGGCCUAUCCCUGUCCUUCCACCGAAGAUCGUCGGAAAGAUAUCCUUCGAAGACGUCGAUCCAUCAGACCAAGCCACGGUCGUUGUCAAGGCAUUCCACGAUGCUCUGAGAGAAAACGAUGUCCAAGCUCUUCAAGACUGCUUCUUCGCUGAUCAAGCCUACUGGAAAGAUGCAUUGGCAUUUACUCAUCAUUUGCGAACUUUUUAUACUCCUUCGGUCAUAGUCGCCAAUUUGUUAGAAACGAACAAAAUGAGAGGUUUCUCUAUGAGAUGGAACAUGGAGAGCGUGAUUUUUGUCGCUGCGACACCUGUACUGCAAUUCAUUGACGUCGCGUUGUCGUUUAGAACGGUAUCGCCCGCAGCUUCAUGCAGUGCAAGAAUCGUACUCCUCCCGGUCGAGAGCGACCAGGGUAAGCUUGAGUGGAGGAUCUGGAUUCUGAGCACCAAACUUGAGAACCUCGAUGUUCAUCCAGAAGACGAAUCUCUACUUCAAGCACCCGGUCGCAACCUGAAUGGUAUGGCAGAUAUUGAUACCGACGUCUUCAUUAUUGGUGGCGGCAACGCCGCUGCAGCUCUCGCCGCUCGGCUCAAGACCUUUGGUGUCGAGAGUAUCAUGGCUGAACGGAAUGCCCGUGUUGGCGAUAACUGGGCCAAACGCUACGACUACAUGAAGUUUCACGUGCCAACUUCAUUCUGCGACAUGCCGUACAUGAGCUACCCAGAGGAACUCCGGGGCCUUCACCGUCUGAGCAAGGAUGAACUGGCCAAUCACCUGGCACAGUAUGUCGCGUCAUUUAAUCUCAACGCCAUUACGUCGACAACGAUUCAGUCGACGGUUUACGAUAGGUCAAGUGAGAAAUGGACAAUUGAACUGCAAACUCCUACUGGAGCGAUUACAGUAACUGCUAAGCAACUAGUCCAAGCAACGGGUGUUUCCUCGCAAAAGCCGUAUGUUCCCACUAUUGCAAGUUCAGAGGUCUACAAAGGGAUCAACAUCCACUCGUCGGAUUACAAAAACGCAAGAGCACUUUUCGAACAAGGCGUCAAGUCCGUCCUCAUCAUAGGAUCAGCAAACACGGCUUUCGAUAUCCUCGGCGACUGCCAUGCAGCUGGUCUCGAACCAACAAUGGUCGUGCGAUCGCCAACAUACAUCUGCCCGUUCGAGUAUAUCUGCAACGACGUCAGUCUAGGCGCGUACAACUUUGACGUCGCACGCGGCGACAGAAUGUUUCUCAUGCUUCCAUCCGCGGUGGAAGGUCAACUUGCGCGAAACCUCUUCAGAAUGCUCGCGUCCAAAGAGCCAGAUCGCUAUACUGCUCUUAGACGAGCUGGAUUUCCUGUACUCGAUAGUACAGACCCUAAGCAAGCGCUCUUUUCUAAUCUGAUUGAGAGAGCUGGUGGGCACUACAUUGAUGUCGGUGGAACUGACAUUGUAGCCCAGGGCAAAGCCAGCGUCAAAGCAGGAGUCGAACCAAUCGCGUUUACUGAGAGCGGUCUUCAGUUCUCGGAUGGAAGCUCGGCCGCCGCGGAUGCCGUGAUUUGGUGUACCGGUUUCGCAGAUCGUGACGUUCGGUCCGUAGUCGCUGAGAUUCUGGGAGGUGAAAAGCACACAGCCAGUGAGGAAAAGAUCCUUGGGCCUCGUGAAAUUGCUGAUCGUCUCGACGCAACGUGGGGGAUUGACGCUGAGGGCGAAAUACGAGGAAUGUGGAAGCGACACCUGAGACUGGACAAUUACUGGGUCAUGGGAGGUUAUACGCAGCAACAUCGGUGGCACUCGCGGACGUUGGCUUUGCAGAUCAAGGCUGCUCUGGAGGGGAUUCUUCCUCCGGCUUAUCGGGAGACUCUUGGGAGAGAUUAG